AUGUCCAACAACAACAACGAUGCGAUUGAUAUUGAACCCACCGAUGAACAAUUAGCAACCGAACAACACUAUUACUCCCAUUUACAAUUUAAAGCGGAUGAGUCCACUUUGAAGGAAAAGGGAAUCAGCAGAGGAUCAAUUUUGAUGGAUGUUGUAAAACAACUUCGUACCGGUGCCGAUUUGUUCAGAAUUUCUUUGCCAUCUGCUUUGUUGGCUCCUAUCAGUAUGCUGGAAUAUAUUUCGUACUUUAUUAGACCACAAUCAUACAUUUUGAGUGCUCACAAGGCAUUCGAUCCUGAGCAACGUUUUGUUUCAGUUCUCAAAUGGUGGUUGAGUAACACCAGCCACACUCCUCGUGGUGGUAUUAUGCAAGCAAAACCAUAUAAUCCUGUCAUUGGUGAAGUGUUUGCUUGUAAAUGGAUUCACAAGGAUCCAUCAAGUGGUGAAAUCUCUAAAACAGAAUUCAUUUCCGAACAAGUUUCUCACCAUCCUCCAAUGGCAUCUGGCGUUUUGUUGAACCGUAAAAACAAUCUUCUUCUCAAUGCCAUGAUAAAACCAAAGAGCAAGUUCCACGGUAACAGCGCCUCCAUUGUUUUGGAUGGAAGUAUCACAAUGCGUUUUUUAAAUCAACCUGAAUCCGAGCUUUAUGAUAUUGUAUUCCCUUGGGUUGUUGCAAAGGGAUUAAUUUGGGGAACACAAUGCAUUGAAAUUAAUGAGGAUUUGAAGAUUACUUGUGCAGGAACAGGAUAUUCUGCUAAAAUUCAAUUUAAAGCAGACAAUGAAAUCAAGGGCUCGAUCAAAAAGGAUGGUAAUCGUAUUUACAAGAUUAGAGGAAAUAUUACUGGAGAAGUUCGUAUUCGCAGCGUCAAAACUAAGAAGGAAAGCGUAUUCUUUGAUGCUAAGGAUCUUGAACAUGCUCCUUGGUUUGUCAAGAAGGUUGCCAACCAAAAACAAAACGAAUCUCGUAGAGUAUGGCACAAAGUAACCAAAGCUUUAGCUGAUGGAGAAUUUGAGGAUGCUAAUGUUCAAAAGAAUCUUAUUGAAGAGAAACAACGUGGAUUAAGAAAGAAGAGAGAAGAAGCUGGUCAAUCAUGGAAACAAGAUUUGUUCAAGUUAAAAGAGGGAACAGAGGAUGAAUAUUUAUUUAAACAUGAUCUUAACAGCGACGAAUAUAAGAACAAGAGUUUGGGUGAUUUCAUUGAAUUCCUCAAAGAAGACGAAGAAGAAAUAGAGUUUGCCAAGAAGCUCUAA